AUGGAGCGGCCGGCGCCCCUGGCCGUGCUGCCCUUCUCGGACCCCGCGCACGCGCUGAGCCUGCUGCGCGGCCUGAGCCAGCUCCGCGCCGAGCGCAAGUUCCUGGACGUGACGCUGGAGGCGGCGGGCGGGCGCGACUUCCCCGCGCACCGCGCCGUGCUGGCGGCCGCCAGCCCCUACUUCCGCGCCAUGUUCGCCGGGCAGCUGCGCGAGAGCCGCGCCGAGCGGGUGCGACUGCACGGCGUGCCGCCCGACAUGCUGCAGCUGCUGCUCGACUUCAGCUACACGGGCCGCGUGGCGGUGAGCGGCGACAACGCCGAGCCGCUGCUGCGGGCCGCCGACCUGCUGCAGUUCCCGGCCGUGAAGGAGGCGUGCGGCGCCUUCCUGCAGCAGCAGCUCGACCUGGCCAACUGCCUGGACAUGCAGGACUUCGCCGAGGCCUUCAGUUGCGCGGGGCUGGCGAGCGCGGCGCAGCGCUUCAUCCUGCGCCACGUGGGCGAGCUGGGCCCCGAGCAGCUGGAGCGCCUGCCGCUGGCGCGCCUGCUGCGCUACCUGCGCGACGACGGGCUGUGCGUGCCCAAGGAGGAGGCCGCCUACCAGCUGGCGCUGCGCUGGGUGCGCGCGGACCCGCCGCGCCGCGCCGCGCACUGGCCGCAGCUGCUGGAGGCGGUGCGCCUGCCCUUCGUGCGCCGCUUCUACCUCCCCACACGCACCACCAGUUGGCGAGUGGAGAAACCUUGGGUUAAGGACGUGCUCAGCUCUUGGCCUGCUGCUCUGUUCCAGCGUUUGCUGGAAUAUGCUGGAAUUGGUCGCUUUCCACCGCGGAACGAGGGAUCUGAGGCGCCCAUGCUGAAGGCCCGUGAGUACCACAGCCUCUACCGGUGUUCGACGGGCUGCUGUAAUGCGCAGGCUGACAGCACGCUGCCACGGUUCUAUACUAAUGACUCCUGGGAGGCCCUGCAGCCCAUGACCUACCCCAUGGACAACUGCCUUACCUCACCGCUGCCGCGUCAGCUUCAUCGCCUGGCUACCGGCAAGGAGACGAUGCAGUGCUACCACCCGACACUGACUCCAGGCUGGGAUGAUUCUGCGGAGGUGGACGUAUAUAAUCCCACAAAGAACGAGUGGGACAAGAUCCCAUCUAUGAAUCAGGUGCACGUGGGGGGCAGCCUGGCCGUCCUUGGAGGGAAGCUCUACGUCUCAGGUGGUUACGACAAUACGUUUGAACUCUCUGACGUGGUGGAGGCCUAUGACCCAGAGACUCGGGCAUGGAGCAUAGUGGGACGGCUCCCGGAGCCCACCUUCUGGCACGGCAGCGUCAGCAUCUUUCGCCAGUUCAUGCCCCAGAUGCCCUCUGGUGGGCGCGGCUUCGAGCUGGACAGUGGCAGCAGUGACAUGGAUGUGGCCCGACCCCGGCGGCCGCAGAACCCUGACGAGCUGCACUAG